AUGUCAAGUAUUGGGGUUCAUUCUCGGCAAUUAUUGAUUAUUAACCCAUAUGACAUCCCAAGACUCGAUGACUACAAGUUUUGGAAGACUACACGCCGAGAAUUAACAAGGGAUCUUGAAGAAGCUCUUGUCGAAUUAUCCGAAAAUGAUUUGAAAAAAGUAUUUAACGAGUGGAUGGGCGCUCUCAAUCUCAAGCUACAGAGUAGUGUUAAAAACAUUCAAAUGGCAUCAUUACUUACUAUAUCAAUUUUAUUUUAUUUUCGAAAGAUGGCAGAAGAUAUAUCAAUUUAUUUCAAAAGGAUAGAAAAUCUACUAGAAAGUGAUGAUUUUGAAGUUUGCCGUGCAGCAGGCAAAACAUUGCGUUGGUUUGCGGAAGAUUACGAAGACAACCAAGUAUUCCUUCAAGAAACACUCGAACUUGCCAAUGGAUGGCUAAAAUCUAAUAAUCGAAGUGAAAAAUUAUUUAAUGCCUUUGAAAUCAUUUACGAAGUCGGAAGAUUCCAACCUUCGAAUGUUUUAACAAUAUUUGCACGUCAUUUUGAUGUCAUUAUUCCAUGUGUCUCCUCUCCACUACCUGAUUUACGAAAAGUUGCAACGAAAACAAUUAUUUCGCACUUAAAACAAAUUUCAUUAGAUGUUGGUGACUCAUUUGCAGGAACAAUAUAUUUUGAUUGCAUCUGUGCUCUCAAGAAUCCAAAAAUACUUUCAAUUUACAACUUUUUCAGAAUUAUCAAAAAUAUCUACAAAGUUUUUCCAUCAGUUGUUGAUGCGGCAAUGGUUGUAGGUCUAGCAAUCAACAGCCUCUCUCAACCUGACAUAGCAACUGUUCGUUGCGCAGUUUCUUUUAUCAAAGCAAUUUCUCAAAAAAAUCCAACGCUUUUGAACCAAUCUCAUGGUGACAAGAUAACAGCGAUAUUCCAAUCAAGAAUACACAAACCUACAGUUGAAAAAGAGAUUUUUCAGUUAAUUAAAAUUAUAAUUCAAUGUUUACCAACAAAUAUCAUUCCGCACAUAGUUCUUGUUAAUUCAUUAUUAAUUAUUAUUGAUAACAAGCAAAUGGUUCAAUUCCAUCAAGCCGCUUAUGAAAUUUUAGAAAUAAUUAUCUUGAAAAAUCCGAAAAACACAUUUAGUAUUGAUUUAUUUUAUGGAAAAGAGCCGAAUUUCGGUCUUCUCAAAGUCAUUGCUUUAUUUGGUGAUGAUGCCGAGAAGAUGACACCAUUCUUAAUUGACUGGUUUAACAAAGGAUUCACUAUUGGAGCAUCAAACAAAUCAAUUUUGAUUUCAUUGACGAUUUUGAAAUAUUUAAGAAAAUAUAUUCCGAUGUCUGACGAUUAUUUGUUUGAUGAAAUUGAAAGAUACAUGAAUAUAACUGACCAAGAGAUCAAACUACUUGUUGCUGAUGCUUUGAGAUCUCUUUCAUGUAAGAAAGCAAUUUGUAGUUUAGUUAAUAUGGCUCUUUACGAUUCAUUUAAGAAUGUUAGGAAAUAUUCUUUGAGUUUAUUAACAACUGAACAUGUUUGUUCACAUAUUAACUUAGUUAUGCAAUUAAUUAUGGAUCGUUCAGCACAAAUAAGGAAUACAGGAAUAGAAAUAUUAUCUAAAGCAUCUGAUUCAUCACCUGCAUUGAUAAUAUUACCUUUAAUUACUCAAUUAAAUACAUUGAUUUUGAUUUGCAUUGCUCCUCAAUCACCAAAAAUCAAUGCAAAACUUUGUUCGACUUUGUCUGUUGUCGCGAAGAAUUUUAAAGAUAAAAUUCCUUCAAUUUUUCCUUCAACAAUUUGGUGUUGUGUUCAUUUGUUGAGAGAUGAAAAAGAUAUUCCUAAAUUUAUUGAAAAUUUCGGUCAAAAAGCGAUGCCGAAGUCAUCAACCUUGAAUUUUUUGGAUUUGAAUCAAGUUUAUCAUUAUGAUCCUUUGAACACUUCAACAACAGAUUUAUGGGCAUCAAACAAAAGAUCAAAAGCAACUUCUUUGUUAAUAAGAAAAAGAUGGGAUGAACAAAGAGAUAUUUACUUGUUUGACACGCUUGGGGAAUUGUCUGAUUAUAUUCCUCCAUAUAUAAUGCAAGUUAUCCCUGCUUUCAUUGAUGUUUUAGAUCCGAAAAAGUCCAAAAAAGUUUUGAUUUCAUGUGUCAAAAAUUUACAAAAAAUUGUUGUCACUUUUUUAAAUUAUGGAUCAUUUAGAUUAAUGUUUCCAGAAGUUUUACCGAGAUUAGUGAACUUGUUGAUGAAUAUUCAUUCAAAGGAUCUUUCAGAGAUUAUUUUGAGAUUGAUAGGAACAUUAGGAGUUCCAAACAAAGAAGAUUUCAAAUUAAUUUCAGAAAAUGUUUCGAUAUCAAGUCAAAUCGAGAAAUUUUCAAUUGAAUUCGCCCAUCAAUACUUGCUUGAUCUUAUAUUGAAGAUCUUUGAUAAGCCGUCUGCUGUUUUAAUGUCAUCUAUUGUAGCUUUUGCACAAAAAGAAACGAAAUUAGUUUUGAAACAUUUAGAAAAAAUUUUAACUUUGUUUGUAGAAAGUUUUUCUGUUUUAGAAAAUGUUGAUUCUAUAUUUUUCCAAUUAGAUACAGUUUGUUAUUUCUGCGGAGAAGAAAUCAUUCCUUAUUUAGAUUUAAUAAUUAAUUUAUUAAAUGAAAACAUGAAAAAUCCAUUUUGUGUUCACAUUUGUUAUACUUUAUCUUACAAAUUAAGAUCUUCUUUUAACAGUUAUGCAAAGAUUUUGUAUCUAUCUGCUUUGAAGCAAAUUAAGACGAAAGAAAGACUAUUAUUCAAACAACUGUUGAAGUUUUGCGUCAGUUCUAUUUUGUAUCAAAACAUGAACCAACAAAUCUUUAUUGAAAAAAUAGAAGAGAGGAUAUUCAAUGAAAAACUUGACUUGAGAUUCAUGUCAAUUAUUUAUAAGAGUUUCAUUAGACUUAUUCAGUAUUCUAAGUCGAAAAUUUUCAAUUCCAGAAUUGCACAAAUUAUUUUUCGACUUCAACCAACGAAUUCUGACGAAUUACAGGAUUUAUUGAUUAACUUGUGUUUGUUUGGAGGCGUAAACAUCUCCAUGGUCUUGCAUUACAUUAACUUCGACAAGAAAACAGCUGACAAACUUAAAAAAGUCGAAGAAAUGUUGCAAAACAAAAAGAAUUGGUCUGUAAAAGAAACGAAAAUCGUUAAAGACUUGGAAAUGAAAUGCAAAGAAGAUUACUACAAAAAUUUGAUAAAUUCAACUCCCAAAAAAGACGUUUUGUUAACUGUCAAACCGCCAAUUUAUAUGAAUAAUGAAAAGUGGUUAACUGAUGUUAGUUUUCUUGUUUUACAAAAUUCUCCAAGUGAAACAAUAAGAAAUUGCUUUUCUUUGAUUUCGUCUUCAAACAAAAUCAUAAGGAAAUACUUCCCUGUCGCUUUCAUCGUUUAUUGGUUGUCUUCUUCUCUUGAAGAGAAAAAUUAUUUCUCAGAAAUUUUACAAAAAGUGACAAUUUACAACGAUGAAACCAUUUUUAAUUUGAUAACUUUGUUGGAGUUCGUAGGUAAUCCUUUGAAGAUCAAUAACUUGUCGGAGAUAACUUCAAGCAAUCUUCCUUUGAGCCGCUAUUAUCUAUUAAAAGAAAUUAAAAGAAAUCCGUUAAAAAUUGAAUAUUUGACAAAAUUAUUCAAUUUGGAUAUCAAAAUGUCACUUUUUGAGUCAGCCAAGAUUCUUGGUUUGAAUUUGGUUGAUAAAUACAAAGUGAAAGAUGAAGGAAUGAUAUACGAGAAACUCAAUUAUUGGCAAAAAGCUUUGGAUUUCUACCAAAACCAGAAAAGUGAAAAGAAAAAUUUCAAAAUUUUGUUUUGUUUGAGUGAAUUGGAGAAAUAUGAUGAUUUAUUGUCAAAAGAAAGUCUUUUGGAGAAGAUGCCACCUGAUGAUCUUGUCAACAUAACACUGGCUUUCGCAAAAUGUUACUUUUUAUCUCAAAAUUAUGAAAAAAUGAAUUUUUAUUUGCAAAAAGUGACAAAAAAUCAAACCCCAAAUUUACUUUUGAACAAAGCAAUAUUUUAUGCUGAAAUUGGAGAGAAGAAUGAGAGCCAAAACCUCAUUGACAAGUGUUUUUCUGUGUUGGCUCAAACAAAUUUUGUAAAUGACAAAAGUGAAGUGAUGGGAAACCUCAAAAUUUGUCAGUUUUUGAUAGAAUUACAAGAAACAAUUGAGAACAAAGAGAAUCACUUGUUGAUUGUCUCAAACAGGAUGAAGAACUUGGAGUUCAAUUCGAUUUCUAUGUUGAAAUUUUUCGACAUAAGAAAUUUAUCAAUAAAAUACCCAUCAAACUUGGAUUUGAUGAAGAAACUCAUCAAUUCUAUGAGGAAAGAUAAAAAUUUCAUGCUCAGAGAGAAGAUAGAAAAAAGAAUUUCUGUUUAUACGUUACAUAAUAAACUUGUCAAACCGUUUGUAAAGUCACAUUGGGAAGAAGGCAACAAAAAUGAUGUUUUAUCACUUCUAUCCAAAAUUAUUGAUAUAAUUGAGACGAAAGAUGAUGAAAAAAGAUUAUUUUUAUUCAAGAAAAUUUACGAAGAAGAAAAAAUUGUCAAAAAAUAUCAGAACUUGGAUCUCUCAAUUUUGGACGGUUUUAACGAUACAAAAUUCAAGAGUGACAUGUACAAAUUAUACUCAUUUUAUAUCUUGGGAAAUCAGUCCAUUGAUAACUUGAAAUAUUCCAUUUCUUUGGCACAAAAAUCAUUUGAUUUGAAACCAAAUAUAAAAAGUGCCAAAAAUUUAAUUGUCAAUUUCACAAAAAUCCUUGAUUCUGAACCAAAUAUUCUCCAAGAUCUCAUGAAAAUGAUAAAAUAUGUCCUCAAUAAUACUAAUGAUGUGUACGUUAAUGUCACGUUUUUCAGAUUACUUGAUAAAUUUUCUGAAAUUGAAGAAUUUCCAUUUGAAUGGAUAAAUAACGUCAAAUCAUCAUUUUUCAACUUGUUUUUGACAUCGGAAAACAAGAUCUUCUUUUCAUUACUCAAGAAAUAUUCUUUGACUCAUUUUAAUUCGCUUUUAUAUGAUAUCUUGUAUUGUUCAUUUGAAAAACAAAAAGAAAUCAAAGAAAUAUUGAAUGAAAAGAAUAUUUCGAUGUUUACAAAAGCUGUUGAAUUUGAAAAAGGAUUGAGAACUGUUUGCAACACUUUUUGUGAACAAUUUCUCUACAAAAUCCAAGAAAAUUGGAUUCCAAAUGUCAUGGAGAAAACAACAGAAAUCUUAGUUGAAAUUCGCGAAUUCAUUAAAUUGAUGAAAAGCGAAACAACUAAUUUAGACAAAGUUUUCUUGAUUGCCUUGGAUGAUGACAUUAAAUUGUUCAUAGAGAACUUGAACAAGUUUGUUUCCGAUGGUUCAUCGAAGCCAUCAAUAAUUUUGGAUGCUUUGAAAGAACUCCAGAAACAUUUGGAAGAAAAACUCCUCCAAAUGGGUCCAAUUCAACUUUCUUCAAUUUCUCCUUCACUUUCUGUUUCUGAUUUCACUUCACUUCCACUUCCUUCUAAUGUUUCUUCUUCUCAGACACCGAGAACAACCAAUUAUGAUUAUAAUUAUGAUACAAUUCACUCGAUUAAUCAUAAUGAUAAUUGUAAUUUUGUUUCUAAAAUUGAUGAAAUUGUUUUUGCUGUUCAAGGUCGAAAAUUCUGUAGAUUUGUAUUUAUUCUUACAAAUGAAGGAGAAAAGGUUAAGUAUUUUGUGCAGCCAAGAUCUCAAAUGAUUGAUAGAUCUAUUUCAUGCUGCGUGAAAUCACUUGCGGAACUCAAGAAACGAACAGAAAAAUCUUCUCUUUGUUCUCUUGAUUUCACUUCAUUUUCAAAAAAUGUUGCUUGUUUACUUUGGCCUGCCAACUUUAUUGAUAUCAAAUCAUUUAUCUCAAACUAUAGAAAGACGAGGAACGUGAAACAGAAUGUCGAAGAAGAAGUUGUUUUGUCUCAUACUUCAAUGAAUUUUGAUGAUUUGACGAGUUUGCAAAGAUUAGAAGUUUUUGACACUUCUGUAAGAAACAAAAUUUAUUCAUUUGAUUUGAGAGAUUCAUUGUGGUAUCUAAGUAAGAAUCCACAGCAAUGGAUUGACACAUCAACGAACUUUUCCAAGUGUUUCGCAUUCGAUAGUUUCUUGACUUAUUACUUUGGAAUUGGAAACAGAAAUCCAGACAAUAUUUUGAUCGAUCCUCAGACAGGAAGAAUUGCUUCUAUUGAUCUGUACUCAGCUCUUGAAAGACUUGAGAAUGAUGUUCCUUUGAGACUGACUCCGAUGUUUGAGAAUGCUUUGGAUGAUGUAGAAGUAAAUGGACUUUAUUCCAACAAAAUUCACGAAUUAAUGAAGACUUUACUUACAAACAGCCAAAAAGUUGUUGAUUACAUCUAUGCUUUCGAAGGAGAAAUUCCAUCGAAUAUCAUCUCUGAAAUGAAGAAGAAAUCACUUCAAAAUCCUGAAAAUAGUGACUUAAUUGCAGAUGAAUUGAUUUCUGUAUCAAGAAAUCCUGCAAAUUACACAAAACUUUGCAAAUCAUGGAACCCACUUUGGUAA